CAAUAAUGUCAUUGCUUUCUUCUCUGUCUCACAAUUCAAAACUUCUCUUUUCAGUUUUCAUCCCUCAUCAGCUCUAGCAUGUAUGAAUUCGGGGAGGAGUUUAUAAUUGAGAGCUACAAAGUUCCAUGGCUAAUUUGGAUUCAGCUUCUGAUUACACUCCUUCUUCUUCUACUUCUCCUUGCUGGGUUUAGCCUUGUCGCUUCCGAUCCUUCCAACCACCCCUCCUCGUCCGCUCAAUCUAAUCACCAAAUCCAGAGAGUAGAUGAGAACAAGAAAUUUGAGGGCUUAAGGGGAGAAGAAAGGGAAACAUCCUCAGUGAAAGAUGCAUCAGUUUUAAGGUCUUUUGGUCGUAGGAGACAUCCUUGCCACUAUCUUGGACUGGCAAAACAAGCAUUUCUAAAGUGCUUGGGCUUAGAUUCUAGCUCUGAGUCUGAGAGUGAUAACAAUGUAAAACAAGGAAAAGAAGAUUAGUAAUGUGCUUAUGUGCAUGUGCAUCCCCUCUCUGGCUCUCUGUCAUUCAUUCAUUGUUUCAUAUGGAUAGUCAUAGUAACAAAAACAAAAAACAUCAGCUGCACAUUUUGGUGUUGUAUAGACAGGGAUGACUGAAAACUUUGAGCACUUUUGACUAUGCAUAAUCGUGGCAAUCAACUUUGAACUUGAGUUUCUAAUAUGCUUGAAUUUAGAGUAAAGAAAACAUUUGUUUCCUAUUGCUUUACAUGGGAGGAUGAUAGAUGUUAGACGGAACAGAGUGACCGGCACAUAACACAGGGUCGGGCAGCACCCCACGGUAUUGUACCUGAGUAUUUUUGUACAUGGACAUGUUUAAGAUUACUUAUAUAUAUAAAUAUGAUGUUUGUUGGAUCA